GAGAUGAAUAUGUCCGUCCGUUGGUGCUUAAUGCUCCGAACCGCACCGGGAGCUCUCCCGAACAUCUGCUCCAUCGCAGAAGGUGUUGCUUCAUCGAACGCCACUGAAAAUUUGGUUGUGCAGUGUGGCGCUAAGGGUUUUCGCGAACUGAGACGCUGGUCGACAGGACGCGCGUCGCAUGGAAAAUCCAACAGCUAACGGGUGUUCAGCAGGAUUGGUUUUAGCAUCAGGCACCGUGCAACGCUUUACGCUGGAAUAGAUAGAUAAGGGUGAGCGACGACCUGUACCCACAUGUCGUCCGGAGCUGCUGGCCAGUGAAGAAACAUGUGAAGAAAGGCAACCAAAAUCUCGCGUCACGGACCGACGACAGUGUGAACAGACACAGGGAAUACAGCGAAAAACAAUCCUCCAUGAGAGUCAUCGAUCAAUUAAGAAUCAAUCAUCACGAGUAAAGCCAAUACAAUAUAACAUCGCCUUCGUUCUAGGACGUAACACGGAUUGCUCUCCACCAAACAGUGGAACCACUACCAUUGUGAGUGUGUGCGUGCGUGUGUGUGUGUGUGUGCGUGAGUGUUAUUAUCUGGGUUCCUGGGACGAGACUCCAGUCUUAAAGGCUUUAACCAUGGAUUCGUUCUUCCGGCUGAGACGGUCGUCCCAUACACCUUCGUACAGCCAGGGCGGUCAGGAACCGCUGAUCGUGGUGGAGGAGUCGGAAGCGAACGAAAAGGAGGAGGAAACAAGCAAUCAAUCGUCCCAGCGCCAAAGUCUGGACAUCGAAUCGCCCGAAAACCCGUACUUGCUGUCGCCAUGGCGCGAAACGCGCAAACACUCGCUACCGACACCACCGUGCACCAGCGGCAUCACCGCCAGCCAGGUGCGGCGGCUGUCGGAGCGGGGCGGCGAAGGAUCCGGACCGUCACCGCGCGAGCAGGCCUUCCUGGCUACGCUCUACAGUACGCCCGCACCGCAACCGGGCGGCCGGCGCCAUUCGGUGGUCACGAUCAGCCGCGUUCCACCAACGCUAUUCGGCCGGAAUCGCAGGGAGUCGAUUGCAGCGCUACCUGCUGGCCAGCGUUCGAACGCAAGCUCCCGACGCGAAAGCAAUAUUGGACCGCCGCCAUCGACGGACCACCGAGGUAGUAUACACAAUUUACAGUUAGAUAUAAUGGAUGAUAUAGUACAGGCUAGAAAAGCGCGCAUGAAGCUGUGGAACACGAGCAACGAGCGUGUGUGCGAAGUGCAGACGCUCGACGAGGCCGGCACCGGUUCCAGCUCGCCGAUGCGGUACACCAACCGGCGCUACUCGGACUUUGUCGGUACCGCGCUGCCCCCGAUACAGUCGUUCCGGCGCGCGUCGGAGAUGCCGAUAUCGCCGUGUGCCCCGCUCGUACCGGCCGGCCCGACCAACGCACCCGCCACACCGGCCACGGCCGCCGGCGACACCGCCGCGUCCUUCAAGCCGAAAACGAAGAUGGGUAUCGUGUGCACCAACACUGAUCUCAUAUCUCUCUUAUCGUCUCUAGCCUCGUCUGCGACAGAGAUUAAUCGAUGUGGCGAGAAAGAGCACCCUAGCCCCCUAGCUUCCCACGCAUUUCCGCUCGGCCGGUCGGGGGCGGCGGCGGCGGCCAAAAGUCCGACCGCGGGCACCUCCGGUGGCGGUCCCGCGGACCAGCCGAAAAGCAAUCUGCAGAAGAAUCGCUCGAACAGCUUUGACAUUUCACUGUACCAGAAUAUCAAGCAGCUCGCCACCGGUGGCACGCUGGCGGGUGGUAGCGGCGGUGCAACCGACACGGAGAAAUCGUUCGUCGAGUCCGGCUGGUUCGUCAAGCGCCAUCAGCCGAUGGCACGCCGCAAAUCGGCGGCCAAAUCGCCGUGCGCAACCGUCACGUUCGCGCGCGAAACGUUUGACAAGCUGCGGGACAAGGAACCGGCCCACAAGGACGAACCGAAACCGAAGCCGAAAGAGUCCCGCUCGCCGCUGAACAAGCUGAAGUGGGACGGCCGGAGCGCGAUCGUGGACGCGCGCAUGAUUGGGCACGCGAUCGAGAACUUCAUUACCGGCUCGUCCUCGUCGUCGUCGUCGUCCUCGGCGAGCAAAAAAGGGGCCGGCGGGGCGAAGGACGGUGCGGCUGGCAGGUCCGGUGGCAAGAAGUCGUCCACGUCCAGCUGGUUCGGCAAGGCGGACGAGGACGAAGACUCGAACGAUACGUGCGACUCGUCGCUCUGCUCCACGCUGAAGGAUCUGUUUGUGAAGUAAGCGUCACCCUGGGCCUGGGUGACCUACUACCGAUGCUACUACCUACCAAACUACACUACGGGCCGUCGCCGGUCGACUGAAUAACCGGCGCCGGCCAAUGCCCACCGAAUUAACCGUAUAAUGCAGGAACCGAGCGUCAGAAGCCGGGGAAACGGCGACAGUGGCAGCAGCGGUUCCAGACGUCAAACUCUGCUGCUGCUGCUGCGUGUGUAUGUGUUUGCGCGAACAAUUAACAUAACCAAUCCCACCAAUGUUAGUAUAGCCUUUUUGACAUCUACUGAUAUGAACGUGAACAAGUUUUACCUAGGCUAAACGAUUACUAAACCAACCAUUGUUCGUACGUGUGUAUCUUAGAGUACUAUCGCCAUGUUGGUUUUCUGUUGCGUUCUACGCCAUUUUUCUACAAAAAAAAACUCUCACACUCAUAGCAAUACACACUGUUGCGCUGGUGGUGCUGGUGCAACAGGUCGACAGCGUCUGCCAGCGGUCCCACGGCGUCCAUGGCGUCCGUGGCGGACCGCACAAACCGUUCUAUCGUACUCUACUCGUAUCGUGUGUAUGGUGUAACAGCAAACAAUACCAGUCAGUGGAGAGCAGUUUAUUGUGUAUGUGUGUGCGUGUGACAAAUUUUCUAGCUGUUUCUAGCCACACACCACAGCCUUCCAGGAAACGUGGUCCCUCGACUCACUCGACGCUCCAGAUUAAGCGUUUUGCGACACAACUCAGCCAUUUUGUUUCUUGCAAAACCAUUUCCUCACAGUGCCAAACUAAGUUUUGCCGUACGAAUAGACAUAUACAAACAUAUAUAUAUACGCGCGCACACCCAUUUAAAAAGUACAUUCGCAUACCACAAAAAAAACGGGUUACGUGAGACUAAAGCAACAGAAACUGCGAUAUGUGUAACAUUCGAUCCACCGUGUUUAAGACGUGUACGCAAUUCCACGAGAUGCAAUUUUGCCCACCUCAUUCCCAGGCACGUGAAUCUUAGUGUUGUGUGCGUCUGCUACUCGGGCGUCCGAGCUGUUUACGGGAAUCUACAUGCGUUCACUUGUAGACUAGAGUAUACUUUGUAAGUGUCUAAUCAAAACAUGCAUGUAUUACAGUACGAGGUUCGGGAGUUGAAAACCGAGGUGAGUGUGUGAGGGGGAGUGGGGUGUGGUGUACCUAUCUCUACCAUAUUCUGCAGUUCAAUUGGUCGCAGGACCAUCGACGCGCAGUAUUGGACAUAACCAUUGCAACUGAUAUCCUGAUGACAGGAAGUCCUUGGUAACGCUCAUCGUCUAGCGCCAUAGCGUCUGACAAUCCAAUAUCCUUGCGAUAAUGAUGAACGCCAUCACUUCAUCAAAGUUUGGGCCUAGCAAGCCUCCUCUGUCCAUGUGUACGGCCUAAAGAGACUUAACGGGGUAGGGUAGUCCGGUGCCAUGUCUCGUGACAUGCCGAGCUUACCAGAACCUAGGCUAGAACCUACCCAGAGUCUAGUUUGCUGUUUAACAGUGAGAUCUUUAGACAGCUUGUAGAGCUCACAAUCUUUGAAAUAUUUUCCGGUCUAGCAAGACCUACCAGAAGAUUAGUCAGCUUCUGAUAGAAUUCAUAUGCCAGAGGCGUAUCGGGAACAUAUAAGCGCUAUAAAGUCGCAGCUUUCUUCUGUCACUUCAGGUGUUUUGAGCGGAGAAGAAUAUAUCUUGGGUUGUUCUAGGACGAUUUGAGCAUCCUUGCGUGUGUCACAGCAGUCGAUCUUGAGUAUUGACUACCGCUAUCAGCGUAGCGCCAGGAUCGGGGUUGACCUACAGCAGUUAAUCUCUGAAGUGUUUCCACCUCCCAAGUCCAAGUCCGAGAUCUCGCGAGUUUUUCGUCCAACUUCACCUGAUCAUUCUUACAAACCAUGGUAGACUUGGCCGGGAUUCCGAUAGAGCUCAUUGUCGUCUAGUUUUACCCAGGCUGUACUGUCUAUACUAUGCUGCUGAAGCUUUAAAAGAUGGUAAGAGAGUGAACAGCAACUCUAUCAUCUUCUUCAAGGUUAAGACUACAUAGUGAAGAUUUGGGCAGUAGUCAAUUUUUCGCUUCGGAAUCCAUCCCUAAUAGUUUCUAACAAUCUCUUCGGCGAAUGUGAAGGAACGAUCUUUUAACCUAGGGAUUUGAAUGUCUUGCCAUCUCCUGCUGAAAACUUACUGCUUGCUUCAUAACUCUGAAGGGAUAUAAUCCUAUGAAAGCAGCUGUCAGAAAUUGAAAAACCCAGCAAAGGUUUAAAAAUGAUUCACACAGUCUGGAGUAUGAAAAGACGGAAAAGAGUGAAAACCCCGCAUUUAAUUGCAAUAUGAUUUUUGAUUCGCUUUCCUGGCUAUAGAUGUUUGGUUUCGUCCAGCACAUAAAUAUAAUUAAGAGCUGCCUUGGGGUUCAAAAAUAGCCACGAACUUGCCACUGGAUUGUCACUAUGGAAUGGCCAGCUCAAUAACCAUUUUUUUAAUCAAAUUUCAAACCUACGUGCUCUAGUGGUUAAGCAUAUUAGCAAUAGCUACUAUGUUUCAAAAUCUGGACAGGGGGUAUUCAAACUGUCAAAAAUAACCAUGGUACUAAAUUUAAAUCGACGUUAUUUAUAAAAUAAUUGAGUUCCUGGCUAUAAGGAUGGUUAGCAAUAACAAGAGUCAAGCAGCUUCAUACUUAUACAUACAGGUUGUGUUAGUCCAGCAACAAGGCUCUGAGGCCUUCUUCUGAGGGCCUUGAGUUGAGUCCUCACAGUAUUACAAAUAUUUUCUUUGGCGAUACAACCUCAAUGGGUGUUGUGGUCUACCACUUACUGCUUCCUGGACUUAGUUUCCCCACAGACACAGGACUGACUAUCUUGCUACGGGUAAAAUCAAGUCACAGAAAGCGAAACAUAGCAGUCCGAGGCCUUUCGAGGUUGUGUAGGGGCCAAGGAAGUGAAAGAACUUAGUUUAGCCGCCGUCUAGAAAUACGGGUUGUAUAAUCAACCCGACCCGAUCGAAAAGAGUUCGGUAGUUGCCGGCAGAGUUCAUGUCUAUUGUACUGAAGUCCAUGUGUCUAGAUCUGUUCCUCGUAUAAUAAGGCCAACACUGGGCCGUUCCCGCCUGGUGAGGACUGACUUUUCAAUUUUAAGUCUAGCCAGAAAUGGCAGGCAUGACCUUAAGAGAUCGUUGGGCCAAGAAAGAAGAAGUGUUGGAACUAAUCCUGAACUAGUCCCACGCCACCAACUCCAGGGUAGAAACAUUCAGUGUUUUCUAUAUUAUUUGAUAUUUGAUCAAACAGUCCGGUUAAUCCUGAACCAUGGUAAUGAGAUUCCGGAAGCUUCUGAUUCGGUCAGCAUUAGGUUCGGUCUUCUAUCUAUAAAUAUUUAAAAAAAAUUCCUUUAAAAAUUAAAAUCAGGAUGCUUCUGCAUUAGCUGCAAAUGUUCUGUCUAAUACUGUAGAAGCGUUACUGCGUUACGCGUUUGGUACAUUAGUAACGUAAGCUCUCACCCACCGUUAUCGUUACACCGAACAGCGAGAAAUAGUGUUAAUAAACGAUUCUACCUUCCGACGCGUUACGUAAGCGUUACACACACACGCGCUGCUCGCAAAUAGACUGAAAUGGUAGAGAUAGGUAUACCGCAACCGGCACCGUUAUGUACAUUAAUGUUAAAACAAACACCGGAUUUUUUCGCUAUGUGUCUGAGCUGAGGGGAAAAAAUGCUGAAUGAAUUGAUACGCCAAGUGGGUGCGUUACAGUGUUUGUUUUCCACAGUCUUCUACAACAAGUUUCUUCUCGUUAAAACAAUAAGUGAAUUUGCUAUAACACUCAUCGGUGUUAUACCCACCUCGAACGUCGGCACAUUGUUCCAAACAUAUGGAGAAACUUGUUUGGAUGGUCUGAUAAACACCUUACUUCGAUAGAAACCCACCUUAGACCGGUUGGUACGCCAAGGAUUGGCUGCCGGCAUUCUACAUAACGGAAGCAUUAUCACGAGAUGCAAUUUAUUUAACAAAACCAAAAAAAAAAAAACAGAAAAAAUGGUAAAUGUAGCAAAACGUUCCAAAACCGAAACCAAAAACCAAAAAAUGAUAACAAACUAACUUUAAUAUACAUAUACAUAUAUACGGUUUUUACUUCAAUUCUUGGAUGUGAUUAAAUGUUAAGAGUACAUCUUAUCCGACAAUCGUGAAAAUAGUUAGCAGCUAACUAAGCUCUUGUUCUCCACCGAUCCUCUCCUUCCCCCCUCCCUCUCAUGCCUCUUCCCACUCCUAUCCCAACACAGGUGUUUCGCUGGCACAAAGUUGGUGGUUGUUCAUAAGCAUAAUAAUACUUAUAAUGGUAAAACAAAAAACUUGAUUUGAUAUCGCUAUUGGCGUCAUUUAAUCGAUAUGGGGAGAAAGAGCACAAUCACUUGCGUUACGCAAUGGUAACGGUGCCGUAACGGCAACGCUGCAACAGUAACCCUUACCGUAAUACACAUAUUGAAUAUGUUUGUGUGUUUGAUGAACAGGUGUUUGGGGGUUGGCUUUGUUCUGUUCAACGGAUAUUUAGCUACAUAUCUCGCUACUUAUUGUGGCUAACAUAUCGCCGUAUAAAUUCAAACCCUUUUAAUCCCUUUUGCAUGGGUUAGAUAAAUCAGCUUAUUUUAUAUUUAUUUUGUGUGAGUAGUCAAGAAAUUUUUAUAUUUCUGAAAAUUUUAUUCAAGUUUUCUGACAUGCGGGACUACUAAAAAAAUUAUAAUGAAAUGAAAUAAUAUUUUGGCUAAGAAGUAGCAUAGGCCCACAAGUUGUUAGGGGCGCAACUGUAUGCAAGUUGUGUGAAAGUUCACGGUGAAAUGUGUGCAUGAGCAUUUAGGACAUAAAAUUAAUGACUUAAACUAACUGUUAAUUUUGUAAAUCAAAUUUAUAACUGUUAAUUUUUUGUAUUUUAUUUUAUUUAAUUAACUUUAAUGACGGCAAGCGCCGUAUUGUCAACACCGCACGUGCUACCAAAUUGUAAUUCUCCAAAACUAACGAAAAUCAACAAACAAUUAACAAAAAAAAAAAUAACAAGGCAUUUCCUCCCUGUUAUUUUGACUUAUCCCGGGCAUGCUCGGUUUGGUUAGUAUAAGUUGUCAUGAAAGUUUUUUAAAGUAUUAAUUUGACAUUUUUUAUAUCAACUCUUCGAAUGGUUUUUAUACGUUUAACCAUAUUUUACUCAAUACUGAUACUUUUUUAUAUUUUUUUAUUAAAAAGAAAAUAAUAAAAAUUAAUCAAUUUUGUAUUUCAUUAUGUUUUAUCUAAAUAGUUUACAAACUUGAUAAAACGGUGCAAAAACUAGAUUUUUUAAUUAGUUUUAGUAUUUAUAAAAAGAAUUUACAUACACAUAACACCAUAAAAUUGAAUUUACAUAACACCAUAAAUAAAUAGUUAAUUAUGAAUAAUUUGAGUUAAAAAAUUAAAAGAAAAUAUCAACGUCAACAACGUCAAAUGAGAAUGAUUUACAUAAUUUAUAUAAAACCGUGAGUUUAAAUUAAAUUAGUUUAUCCAAACUCGUCAUGUUCUCAUUCCAGUGUGCACUUCCACGCAACUUGUGGGCCUUUUCUACUCUUUAGCCAUUUUUUUAAAAUUUAUCCCAUAUUUUGAAAACAAUUUUCAAAACAUUGAAGAGUUAUAACUUUAAAUUUACUUUGAAUUAAUUUGAAGUAUUCUCACCAAUGAGAAAAGGGAAGAGUUACUUUCGUUUUCAUUACGAUAUCCUAUCGUUAUUCAAUUCCGGAAUCAAUAGUUAUAAACGUUCAAAGUUGCUACUUGGGGAAACCCUUUUGCCAGGGUUUCGUUGUGCAAACUUGACAUUUGACGUUAGUAAACAGGACGAAACGUCAGCCAUGUUUAGUACAUCUCUCUUUCUCUCUCUCUGAGCCUCAAGAAACGCAUCCGUAAAUAUGUUUUGCCCACUGUUACAGUCACAUCCAAUUAACAAUAAGCCCUAAUGCAAAUGGGCGCAGCCAUGUUGUGUAACGAUUAUUAUGUAUAAUGUUUACUAACUCUUUCUAUAAUAAUUAUUUGCUUUUGCUCAAAUGAGACACUCCCUCCAUCCUCCCUCACUCCACCUUUCUCCAACCCCUUCUCCCCCUCUCCCCAAACCUUGAAAGCCUUCCUGAUGGCGAAAACCCACCUGAAAAGCUGAAACUGAAACAUAACAAAAUCGCAACACUACAUUCAAUGGUAGUUUGCGACACGGAACCACCGACAUAGCAAAAUCAAAACAAUUUAAAAGCAAAAAAAAAACAACCAACCCUCGCCUACAGUGAUGCGUUUAGUGAGAAGCUGCUGUUUAGUGAUGGUGGAAAGUGGAAAAGAAAACACAAAAAAUCAUCAUUAUACCACACACACACAUACACACACACAUACACGCACUGCUGUAAGCAGCCAUUUUACCAUUAUACCGCAGAUAGAAACAAUCUGAAACUAAUGAACAAAAAAAAAAAAGUUUCAUCAAUCGUGACAAUAUAUGAAAACUGAAUGGAGAAAAGAGAUGAAAGGUCGAUAUAUCAAAACAAAACAAAAAAACCGUACUGUUCCGAAUUUCCUAACGUAACCUAGAAUCCAAUCAAACAACAACAACAAAAAUCGUAUGCGUUCAUUUAUUCGAACCGCUUAAGAAGGUUUUUUGUACACUGUUAUGGUAACGAUUUCCAAAGAAAAAGGAACGGUAUUGAGUAAAGAAUAAUAAAAUUGAGACGUAAGACCCGGCAAGAGCAAACAAGCGAAAAAUGAAGGAAAUAUAAUUAAACAACAGUAACAUUUCACUUAAAUGUUAAAAGAAUACCGCGGGAAGGAAGUGCUCGACGGCACACAGAACAGAGCACGUGAACAGAGCGAAUAGGAAAGGGAAAAGUUUUGGGCACGAAGUAGGUCGGAAAUCGGAAACGGAACAGAACAACAUAUUUUUAAGAAUUUACUGUUAACAUCUUUAAACACACACACAAACACAGAAAAUGGGUAUAUUUUUUUGAUUGAAUAAGAAGGGUUUUCCUAGUACAUUACCAGCGUUUCCUCUCGACGCGUAAACUGAUUGUUGUUACAUUUAGCGUUUAAGAUCUAUACAAUAAACUAGUUGAUGAAUGUUUACAAAACUUGAAAUGACACAUCAUUGUACAACAAAGCAUAUAUAUAUACAUAUUAUACUUAUACUAGUGAAAAUGGAAACUGAGAGAUAAAACGAAUCCGUGGUAAGGUAACAAAACCAAAGGAAAAAGCAAAACCCUCUUCAAUGAGCAGGUGGUGUAAUUGGGCUAUGUCUACCGUUUGUUGAUAUCCGACAUUUUGCAAAACUCUAUGUGAUUACGAUGUAUCAAAAAAGGGGGAAAAGGUUAUAAAAAAGAUUAAAGGUAAAAACUAAUUUAUAAAAAACGAUUAAAACCCACGAAAACGGAAACACAUUUUUGAAAUGCGAUACUAAACACUCAAACCCGUAACAAAAGCUCUCUCUCUCUCUCUCUCAUCCAAAGUGUGUCACAACCUUCUUAACCUGGUUAAGCGCCCACAGAAGAAAGAAAGGGGGAAAAAAGUUAUAAAAAAACACGAAGCGAUAUUUUGAAACACAAGCAAAUAAAGAAGAAGAGGAAGAUGCAAAAAAGAAAUAAAAAACAUGAUCAUUAAAACUAAAUACAAAUCAAAACAGCAAUCAAGAAGAAAUAGUUAAGCUUUCAGAUAAGCAUAUAAGUAAAGAGAAAUUCUAGCAAUUUGGUAACUGUAUGGAAACAAUUGUAAAAGGGUAAAACAAGUGGGGAGGAGAAAAACAAAACAAAAUCACACACACACACAUUUAAGAAACGUACAGUGGCAGUGAAUGAAGGUGGAGGGUUAAAACAGCAAACACAAGAUACAAACACUUCUGCAUACAUUCUAUCCAACAAUAAUUUGAACAUAGAAAAAAAAGUGCAUAAUAUUAUAUAUAUAUAUAUAUAUACAUAAAUGUGUGUAUUUUACCACCGAUGAUUCGUGUUAUGGUUGAAUAAAACAAUAUACUUAUUUACCAUUA